AUGUUGGCUCAGGGCAAAGUUAUCAUGCAUAAGUCAUUUCCUUAUGCACGCUGCAUAAACACUUCACAACCAUCAGAUUUGAUCGCAUAUCUCUUCUCCAAAGAAUCAGACAACAACAUCAUGUUGGAUCUCAUCUUCGCUGAUCUCAUCGGAGAAGGCUCACUUUUGCCGAAUUCUAAAGCUCUGUGCAUUGAUACUCCCACCGGAGAAGAUGUUUUAGCGUUGAAGGAAAUUGGCGUUGUGGACUCCGUCGGAAUAUUCAAGAAACCGUCACCGCCGUUGAUUAUUCAAGGAGAAGGACGGAAACAUCCAUUUCCUGGUGAUUCCUUCGAUUUUGAAUUCUCCGGUAAAGGCGGUUUCUUCGAAGAAUUCGUUAAACCGGCGGAAUUCGCCGGUGAGAUAUGUAGAACUCUCCAACCGGAAGGAUUCUUAGAGGUUCACACGACGGCGAGAGAUUCAUACAUCUUCAAUUCAUUUCUUGAAUUAUUCAAUUGUUGCGAAUUGAUCGGAACAAGAUAA